AGGGCAAGGAUGGAAACCUACGCAAUUUGAGGCGGCACCCCGUGCUAUUAAAUGAGGGGGUUAUGCAGGGUGGCUGUUCGUCGAAUAGAUACGAAAGUUAAUCUAAAUCUCUUCCUUUUCUCCCGAAAGUCUCUGAAGCCUUUUCAAAUCUCUUCAAGAUGCAAAUCUUCGUAAAGACCCUUACUGGUAAGACCAUUACCCUUGAGGUUGAGAGCUCCGACACCAUCGAUAAUGUAAAGGCCAAGAUCCAGGACAAGGAGGGAAUUCCCCCGGACCAGCAGAGGCUCAUCUUUGCUGGUAAGCAGCUCGAAGAUGGCCGCACCUUGGCCGAUUAUAACAUCCAGAAAGAGUCCACACUCCACCUGGUCCUCCGGUUGAGGGGUGGCAUGCAAAUUUUUGUGAAGACCCUCACCGGUAAGACCAUCACGCUCGAGGUAGAGAGCUCUGAUACAAUUGACAAUGUUAAGGCCAAGAUUCAAGACAAGGAAGGAAUCCCCCCGGACCAGCAGAGGUUGAUUUUUGCUGGGAAGCAACUCGAGGACGGAAGAACUCUUGCUGACUAUAACAUUCAGAAGGAGUCCACCCUCCACUUGGUGCUUCGUCUGCGGGGAGGAAUGCAGAUCUUUGUGAAGACCCUGACCGGGAAAACCAUCACCCUUGAGGUGGAGAGCUCCGACACCAUAGACAAUGUCAAGGCCAAGAUCCAGGAUAAGGAGGGGAUUCCCCCAGACCAGCAGAGGCUCAUCUUUGCAGGGAAGCAGCUCGAGGAUGGGAGGACCCUCGCAGAUUAUAACAUCCAGAAGGAGUCCACCCUUCACCUGGUCCUCCGCUUGAGGGGAGGCAUGCAGAUCUUUGUUAAGACCCUGACAGGGAAGACAAUCACCCUGGAGGUUGAGAGCUCGGACACCAUUGACAAUGUCAAGGCGAAAAUUCAGGACAAGGAGGGGAUCCCACCGGACCAGCAGAGACUUAUCUUUGCCGGCAAGCAGCUUGAGGAUGGUAGGACCCUUGCCGACUACAACAUUCAAAAGGAGUCCACUCUUCACCUGGUCCUCCGUUUGAGAGGAGGCAUGCAGAUCUUCGUCAAGACCCUGACCGGGAAGACGAUCACUUUGGAGGUUGAGAGCUCAGACACUAUUGACAAUGUUAAGGCGAAAAUUCAGGACAAGGAGGGUAUUCCCCCGGACCAGCAGAGGCUGAUCUUUGCUGGGAAGCAGCUUGAGGAUGGGAGAACCCUUGCUGACUACAACAUUCAGAAGGAGUCGACCCUUCACUUGGUGCUCCGUCUUAGGGGUGGCAUGCAAAUCUUUGUGAAGACCUUGACUGGGAAGACCAUCACCUUGGAGGUCGAGAGUUCUGAUACCAUCGAUAAUGUCAAGUCAAAGAUUCAGGACAAGGAGGGCAUCCCCCCGGAUCAGCAGAGGCUGAUCUUCGCUGGGAAGCAACUUGAAGAUGGUCGCACCCUUGCAGACUAUAACAUCCAGAAGGAGUCGACCCUCCACCUUGUCCUCCGUCUCCGUGGUGGUUUCUAGGUUUGUCUAAUGGGUUGCAGGUUGAUCGAGUCCUUAUCAAAUCGUGAGGUGGUUAUGCUUGGUUUAUUCUCGGUUGCGAAUUGGAUUAAAAUGAAUUGAGUUGGUAAGACUCUUCAGCAUUAUGGUGAAUGAUAUUAGGCAGUUCUGAAUAAAGCUCUCUUCUAUGUAUAUGCAUCUGUCUAUGCAAGAUAUUCAAUGGCUGCUCUAUAUUUAUAUUGAUGUUUUGUUGCUCUGCUGAUA